CGCGUCUUCCUGCUGCUGCUGCUGCUGCUGCUGCUCGGCGGGGGGUCCGCGGCGCGCCGCGUGCGGAAGAAGGCGCCCCGCGGCCGCGCCUGCCUGGACCUGCCGGAGGAGAUCCUGGAGCAGAUGUUCGGGCGGCUCUCGGUGGGAGUGAUGAGCGCGUUCCAUCACGCGCUGCAGCUGGAGCCGCAGGACAAACUCAACCUGACGUGCCCGAGCCGCGCGCGCUCCCCGGCCGACGGCGACAGCCGCCUCCCGGUCAACCUGCUCAGCGUGUCGCCGUGGGCCUACAGGAUCUCCUACGACGCGGCCCGGUACCCGCGCUACGUCCCGGAGGCGUACUGCCUGUGCAGGGGCUGCCUGCUCGGCCCGCUGGGGGGGGAGAGCGACCUCUACCGCAGCACGCCGGUCUACGCGCCCUCCGUCCUGCUGCGGAGAGCGGGCUCCUGCGCCGGCGGCCGCCACGCGUACACCGAGCUCUACGUCUCCAUCGCCGUGGGCUGCACCUGCGUGCCGCGGCUGGAGAAGGAGCGGGGCGCACCGGGGGGGGGCGCGCGGGCCAACGCGGGACGACUCGUCCCUGCACGCAAGAGGACGUGA